CAUAUGGUUGAUGAAAUAUGCCCAAAUCCCGAGUUAAUGAAGAAAUAUCUAUGAAUCAAAUUAAUGAAAAUGCAACAUUGCUCAAUAAGAAUCCAUCAAUUUUUUUGUCAAAAAGAAAUUGGUGUUGUUUUGGUAAAAAAUCAUAUCAUCCUAGGACAAUUUAUAUAGGCCGGAAAAAUAAAAAUAAAUAUUGCUCAAAUGCUAUUAAUAAUCAAAAAUACAACUUUUUUACAUUUAUACCAUUGGUAUUAUACAAUCAAUUUAAAUUUUUCUUGAAUCUUUAUUUUUUGAUUGUUGCCUUGACUCAAUUUAUAAAUCAAGUCAAAAUUGGUUAUCUUUACACUUAUUGGGGACCACUGUGUUUUGUGUUGUUAGUGACGUUAUUUAGAGAAGCAAUAGAUGAUUUUAGGAGAUAUCAAAGGGACAAAGAAGUCAACUCCGCUAUAUACAAUAAGUUAAUGUUAAAUGAUCAAGAUUAUCAACUAGUCACCACAGAGCCCGUGCAAAGUUCUGACAUACAAGUGGGCGAUAUUAUCAGGAUAAAUAAAAACCAAAGAAUUCCGGCCGACAUGAUUUUGCUUAAAACUACGGAACCUAAUGGUUCUUGUUUCAUCAGAACGGAUCAACUGGACGGUGAAACUGACUGGAAAUCCAGAAAAGCUAUUCCUUAUUGCCAAAACCUGAUUAACCUAAAUAUUUUACCUUCUUCGACUAUUAGUCUUAGUAGUAAAGUUGAUAUGAUUGAUAGUAAUAUUAGUAAUGCUGGAGAUUCAAUGGCUAAAGAUGGAACAUUGGUUAUGAAUGUUCAUAUAGAACCACCUAGGAAGGAUAUACAUAACUUUUUUGGCACCUUUACUGCUCAAUUAUACACCAAGCCAGAAGACUUCCAUAACAUCACAUCAUCUUCGUCUAAACUCUCGAAAAAGAUUUCAGUCUCCAACCCUAUAUUACCGAAACUCGUUUGUAAAGAGAAUCUAAACAUUGACUUCACUAUGUGGUCGAGUUGCGUGCUAGCAUCAGAAGGUUCCGCGCUUGGCCUCGUAAUUUAUACAGGAAAGGAAUCUAGAAAUUGUAUGAAUUCUUCCCAGCCUAGGAGCAAGGUCGGCUUAACCGAUUUAGAAAUCAACGGGUUCACUAAAAUCUUAUUCGUGUCGGUGUUGACCCUCUCCAUACUCUUGAUGGUUUUGAAAGGUUUUUCGGGUCCAUGGUACCGGUACUUCGUUAGAUUCAUCCUUCUUUUCAGUUACAUUAUUCCAAUAAGUCUCAGGGUCAAUAUGGACUUAGCUAAAAUGGCCUAUGCUUAUAUGAUCACCAAGGACAAAGAGAUGCCCGGAAAUGUGGUUAGAAAUACAACAAUUCCCGAAGAAUUGGGCAGAAUAAAAUACUUGUUUACCGACAAAACCGGAACCUUAACCAAAAACGAGAUGGUCUUUAAAAGACUCUACCUGGGCCAAACCAAUAGAUCAUUUUGGCCUGAUACAGAGGGUGAAAUCUCCAGACAACUCAAACUAGCUGAAGCCGCGUACUUGUUUCACCUCAGCAAUGUUAAUAAUAUGACUAAGAGAGUUUCUACUAAUGUUACACAACAAUCCGUUUUGCAAACCCAAAAUUCACAAGAUAGUUCAAAAAGUUUAGAUUCCAGAGCAAUUGAAAAAAACACUGGUGGUCAUCAUUUGCUGUCGGAAAUUGAGGCUAUAUCUCCCUAUGACGAUUUAUACGAAACCAUUAAAGCACUUUGCAUAUGCAAUAAUGUAACGCCAGUUUUUUCUCAACUUUCUUCAUCGCGUAAUCUAGACGUGAGCAAUACCAUUGAUAUCGGCAUACAUUCUUCACCGCGUUCCAUUAGGUCUAAAAAAUCCUUAUUUGGUUGGUUCCAUCUUUUGUUCGGGUUCAAAUCUAAAAGAGCCCAAACCGAUAAAACCAUUACUACGCCCUCAGUCAACCAUAGAAUGUCUACAAAACAAACCGGUCCUAUGACAUAUCAAGAUGCUGUAAUUAACAACAAUAAUAACAAUCGGGACAGUCUGACCGAAUCUGUCUUAUCAAAUUCGACGUGUGAUUCGACAUCCCAACUCAUAUCGGAGAAUCGAUUGAAUAAUUCGGUUAUCUUUAGGAGUACCGAUGGAGGAACAGGCGGAGGAAAUAUAAAUAAUAGCUUCAGCAUCAACAGUAUCAGUAGUGAAGAUGGGCUUAUAACUUACCAGGCCUCUAGUCCCGACGAGGUUGCCCUAGUGACAUGGGCUCGCAAGGUAGGCAUCAGACUAAUACACAGAGACACCAAUAGCCUCAAAAUUAUGACUCCCCUAGGUAGAGUGGAAUCCUUCAAAAUUUUAAAACUCAUCCCUUUCACUUCAGAACGUAAGAUGAUGGGGUUAGUGGUCAAACAAGAAAAUACCAAUGUUAUAACCUAUUACUUCAAAGGAGCCGAUAGCGUUAUAUCCGGGCUGGCGGCGGCGUCGCUAGAUUCAAACAUAAAAAAUACGUUUAACAGGAACCAAAAUACAUUGUCAGGAUUCGGCUGUGAUAAGAUAGCUUGGAAUCCUGAAGAACAUAGGCGGAAGCGGAGCGAUGGAGUCGAUAAUUAUAAUGGGAAUGCUUUUGAUUGGAUUGAUGAAGAAAGUGGUAACUUGGCUCGGGAAGGACUGAGAACUCUUGUAAUAGGGCGAGUGCCGUUAAAUACAGAGGAAUACAACCAGUUAUCAGCUGAUUUAGAGAGCAGACGCCAUGAUAAUGAUGUAAUCUUUAACGUACCCGGCGGAAGGCUUGAAGUAUUAGGCAUUACCGGAGUGGAAGAUAAGCUGCAAGAUGGUGUUCCUCAUGCUUUAGAAAUGUUAAGAAACGCUGGAAUUAAAAUAUGGAUGCUCACAGGUGACAAAUUAGAAACGGCUGUUUGCAUAGCCAAGAGUUCCCAUUUGGUUCAUAGGAACCAAUCACUUUUCAUUUUCCAGGACAUUCAUCAAAAUAGUUCCGAAUCCAUUAUCGAUAUCAAAGAGAGGGUGCAUAGGGAACUCAACACUUAUCGAGCCAUGAAAGAGUGCAAUAAUACGCCUAUAGUCAUGACUGGACCUGUUUUAGAAAUCUGUACUAGGUAUUUUGAACCUGAGUUCAUGGAAGCGGCUUUAGAAGCCCAUUGCGUCGUAAUAUGCCGCGCCUCGCCAACUCAAAAGUCUCGAAUCGUUUUACGCUUGCCAGCUUAUUUUGAUUCUGCCUCUAGACUUGGCCGAGGCUCUUCAAAGACGCCCAAAUUGGUUAAAGGAUCUAUCGGAAACGAAAAAUGUAGGGCCUGUGCUGUUGGGGAUGGAGGUAACGAUGUUGGAAUGAUACAAACGGCUCACGUUGGGGUAGGGAUUGCUGGGAAGGAAGGAAAGCAAGCUAGCCUUGCAGCUGAUUUUUCGCUUGCGCAGUUCUCGCAUUUAGCCAGACUCAUAUUAGUUCAUGGGCGAUACAGUUACAAAAGAACAGCAGCUCUGAGCCAAUUUAUAAUCCACAGAGGGCUUAUUAUAUCUACAAUGCAAGCAGUAUUUUCGGCUAUUUUUUUCUUUGCGUCCGUUGCUUUGUACCAAGGUUACCUAAUGAUUGGCUAUUCCACCAUCUACACAAUGUUUCCUGUGUUUUCAAUUAUUCUGGAUCGUGAUGUCACCCCUCAAACUGCUAUGAUGUACCCCGAAUUAUACAAGGAUUUAGUCAAAGGUCGCACUCUAUGUUAUAAAACGUUUUUUAUAUGGGUUCUAAUCAGUAUAUACCAAGGAAGCGUAAUAAUGAUCGGGGCUUUUCUCUUGUUCGAAGACGAGUUUGUUCAUGUGGUAUCUAUUACAUUCACAGCCCUGAUAGUCAAUGAACUUCUCAUGGUGACCCUUACCGUCAGGAGGUGGAAGCAUUGGGCCGUCAUUUCGGCCGAAACAUUCAGUAUCGCCGUUUACCUACUCUCGCUCGUUAUCUUCCGGGACCAUUAUUUCGAUAGAGAUUUUGUCCUUAGGUCCUCCCUCACCUUCGUGUGGAAAGUUUGUGUAGUUACUUUGGUAAGUUGCGUACCGCUGGUGUUAUUCAAGGUUUUGGCCCGCAAAAUAUCUCCCCCUAUCUACGCCAAAUUAAAUUGAGGGUGAAUUGUUAAAUAUUUAUUUCUGUUUAACUCUGAAUAAUUUUAUCCCUUGUUGCAUCAAUAUUUUUUAAUCAUGGGAUAAGGUGAAAACAAGAAUUUGUAUAUGUGUUAGACAUUGUCAUAAUAAUAAAAAUAUUUGAGUAAUUUAUUAUUAGUAUAUCAAUUUUAUAUUUCUAGAGCACUUUAUAUCUGUAAUUAAUUGUUGUUUUUUCGUAUUGAGGAAAUGUUUGAUCU